AUGAGGCCUGGGAGUCGGGUCAGGGCUGCCAAGUGCCAGAUGCUGGCCACCAGCUUCUUUGUCAUGCUGCUGGGCUUCUCCGUGGCCACCAUGGAAGUUCUCAAUUACUUCGGAGAACACUUUGCCAUCAUCAGCCAGGUGUCCUUGGAGAGGAACCCGUAUGAUGCCGUGCACCACUGGGCUUUCUAUGUGGGGAUUAGCCUGGCAGGUCUGCUGAUCCUGGGGGCCUCCCUGAGCACCACAGCCGCCGUGAAGGAGGCUCAGGGCCUCAUGGCUGGGGGCUUCCUGUGCUUUGUCCUCGUGUUCUGUGCCCUACUGCAGGUGGCCUAUUGGCGGUUUCGCAACCCCACCCAGGUGGAGGAUGCCAUGUUGGACACCUAUGAUCUUGUGUAUGACCAAGCAGUGAGGAGCCCUUCCAGCAUUCGGUUGCAGGAGCUGGCUGCCAUCCAGGACACAUUUCUGUGCUGUGGGAAGAGAUCUCCUUUUGGAAUUCUGGAGCGCUCUGAAGCUGACCUGUGUCAGGGUGAGGAGGCAGCAAGAGAGGACUGCCUGCAGAGCAUCCAGAGCUUCCUGAGAACCCACCAAAACAUCAUCUCUAUGCUAAGCAGUGCUGGCCUGGCUCUCACGGUAUAUUCCAUGCUGCUCAGCUCUUUUCUCUGGUUUGCCAUCCUCUCCGGCUACAACUUGGACCGCAAAGGCACAUACACGGUGACCCCACGAUGGGGCAGCUCUGGUCUCGUGUCUCUGGAAUUAGAUGUCAAAUCUUCCUGGAGCAGCUGGCUGGAUAGCACAAUGGAACGGCCACAGGAAGAUACAGUUGAGUACCAGGUGGGUGACAACACCUGACUGAAGCAAGGUCCUCAGGGAGGCCAAACAUGCUCCAAAUCAGCAUCCAGUGUA